AUGGGUCUAGUCAUAACUGCUUAUUCUAUGCCACAUAGUUUCUUUAUGGAUAUAGCUUUCGCUGAAGCAGCAAAAGCAUUUGAUAGGCUAGAGGUUCCUGUAGGAUGCGUCGUUGUCAAAAAUGGGACUAUAGUGUCCAUGUCUCAUAACAUGACAAACGCCAAUAAAUCACCGCUUGAACACGCUGAAAUAAUCUCUGUUAGGAAUGUGGACUGCUCAAACAGCAUAUUCUAUGUAACUUGCGAGCCAUGUAUUAUGUGCAUGGGAAUACUUGGAAGGUUGGAAAAUGUCGAGGUGUACUAUGGAUGUAAAAAUGAAAUCUUUGGAAGUGAAACAAUAUGCGGCAUUGGAAUAAAAAGCGUAUAUCUGCCAGAUAACCGAUGUUUUGAAAUACUUCGGAAGUUCUACGCUCGGGAGAAUACAUUUGCUCCGGAUGAAAAGCGAAAGUCGAAGAGGCAUGAUUAA